AUGAUCGAAUAUUCUUAUGGAAUCGGACCUCUAAAUGAAAAAAUUAGAGCCGAGUUCCAUAUUCCUUUUAGUAUGGUGAUAUCACCAUGCGUCAAUUCAUCCAAAAAAAUCGAGAAUUUUGACCCAAAAAAUAUCCCAAGAUGCCAUAAAUGCGAAGCUUACAUUAAUAAGUUUAGUACAAUAAAUUCUGACACAUGGAAAUGUCCAUUAUGUGGUACAGAAAAUCAAUUAUCUGAGAAAUUACCGUUUGAACUUGAAGAAACAAUCGAAUUUAACUUAAAUACGCAAAAUAACAGUCAAUUAUUUGUUUUUAUAUUCUCAUUAAACUUACAUCCGAGCGAUUUCUCAAUAAUUAAGACAUUAUUUACAGAUUUCAUUUCAAAAAUCAAAACAGGCAAGUUUUUAUUCAUAUUCCAUAACAAAGAUGGCUUUUACUUUUUAACUCCAACAAUUUCUCUCUUUGAUGUCAGCGAAAACAAGCUCAAAAAGCAAGAAAACGUCAAAUUGAACUUAUUACCAGCAACACUUUCACAAUAUAUGAAGUCAGAAUAUCUAGAUAUCACAUCUCACAUUUUCGAUGCAUCCCAACUUGGAUCUGCCGUAUUAACAAUAAUGAAAAUGCAAUCAACAGUUGGAGAUCAAGAUCCAGCAACAGUUUUAUCAUUAAUCAGAAUCACAUCAUCGAAAUUACCUCAUGAACAGCUCAGAUUCGUUCAAAUUGUCCCUCAUUGCACUCCAGAUUCGCUUGACAUACAAGACAUCAGGGAAAGAGAUAUAAGAAUCGAUACUUUGACAGCUAUAUACGAUAAUGCCGCAUUUGUUUAUGCUACACAAGUUCCAGGAUUCGUAAUUCCGUUUAAUAAGUCAAAUUUCGUAUCCAAACUCAACUGGAUUUACUCGAAACACGUUGAUUUCAAGUGUUUCAUGAAUGUCAGGAGCUCUGAUUGCGAAUGUUCGUGGAAUCGGCUGAGAUGGCACUAUUCUUUAAUAGAAAACUCAUUAUUAUACAUUCCUGAUGUUGUAGCCGACCAACCAUUUGUAUUAGAUAUUAAAUCGACCGGUUUAAACCCAAUAAUACAAAUCACUGCUAAGACAACAAACACUUUUGUCAUUUUUACCAAAAAACUGACACUUUCAUCGGAAAACCAACAAAUUUUGGACUCAAUCAAUGUCAGUGUUGCUGAGUGGCUGUGGGUAUCUAGGAGUAUUGGAAUAGAAGAUGCUUCGAAAGCGAUAACAAUGGCAGCAAUGCCUGUUUACGAGAAAAUGACGAAAGAGAAAGAAAAGAAGGAUUUGGAGAAGUUUAUAAGGAUUGUUCCUUUCUUGAAUGCAAUGAACGGAAACUCUUUGACUGCUGCUUCUUUAAUUGUGGCAACUCCGCCAAGGAAUCUCCAUUUGGCACCGAAAUUCGAUGGAGAAUUCGACGAAAUGACAAUAACUUUGUUCGACCAAGUCUACACUGCUGGAUCUCCUAAGACUGGCGACAACAUCGCAACGGAACUCGGAAUCUGCAUGCCUCCUAAGAAAGGAAUACCUGGAUGGCUUUUGGACUUCAUGGAAUAA